GUAGGUGGAGAGAAAGCAAACCCACAACGAUUCUGCUUAGAAUUUAGAUACAAGUCGAUGCCCAUCAAUAUAAGGCUCGCCGCAAGGUAGAGAUCGAGAGACAGAUCUAGUCUUCGAUGAUCUCAUCUCAGAACGUACGAAAGAGAAGCUAAAGGUGCAUAUACGGCAAACAAAGAUCUCAAGGGGCAGCACGAGGCGCACGGAAGAAGAGACGAUGGGGAGGACGAAGAAGAAGGGCUCUUGCACGGCGGCCGGGAACCGGCUACCGCUGCAACUCCCAUUCCCAUCCUCCAGUUUCGGUAGGUUCGUCGUCGUUUCUUCACUUCCACGGAGGAAGGUCGUCGAGGAGCGCGGCGGCGGCAGUGCGAUUGUUGCGGUAGAGCCGGUCGAGGAGCCCAAGACGCAUCGUCCAUGGAAAGAGAAAAACGGAGCAGCACCAUGCGGUGAUGACCAGCGAGGAGAGGACCCUGUUUGCCAGGCGCAGGCGCAGACGACGUCGGCGCAGCCACGAGACGAAGACGAUGGUCGGGCUGAUCAUCUCCAUUCCCAGCAGCAGCAGGCUUCGUGCCGCCGGCUGGAAGCAGAAUCAGAUAACCGGCCUCAGUCAAGCAUCGACAAGCCUGGCCAAGCUUCAGACCAUGGCCGCCGUAGGCCUGGCCAAGCCCAACAAGCUUCAGAUAGUAUGCCUCGGUGGAUGAUCACCGGCAGGCUUGGGGAAGCUGCAGUUCACCAGUACCUCGUCGAGCUGCUGGGACAGGGCAAGGUGAGGUGGGUGAACCGGCACCGCGAGUCCGAGCUGCCCUACGAUAUCGUCGUCACCAAGGGCGGCGCCACGGAGUACGUGGAGGUCAAGGCGACGGUUUUUCCCGAGAAGAACUGGUUCGAGAAUCGAGAUCAGUGCUCGCGAGUGGGAGUUCAUGGCGGAGAAAGGGGACUCGUUUACCAUCGCUCGUGUGGUCUUGCAGGGUGAUGAAAACAGGGCCAGCAUUGUGAUGCUGAAGGACCCGCUCAGGCUCUGCGAGCAGCAGGAUCUAAGUCUCGCAUUCUAUGCGAGAAACUUGAGAAUACCUCAAGUGAAACCAUGAAACACUUGUAUUUGAACAUCCUUAAUGUGAAGAAUAUGUUAAAAGCUACUCAAGAUUGAUUUGGGACGGGGUUGUAAAUUGUAAUGAGCACAAGAUAUGCCCUGGUCAGAUGUUCU